AUGAGCAAGUACAUGAAGUUGGUUCAAGAAGAAAUUAAAACAUUGAAACGAUUUUUUCUCGACCAAGUUCCAAAGUCCGAGAAUCAUCAAGCCAACGCUCUCGCAAAAUUAGCAAGUUCGGUCGAAGGUGAUGUCCCGAGGACUGUGUUUUGGGAGGUUAAGCCGGCCAAGAGCAUUGAUCAAAAGGAAGUUCUAUUCCUCAGCCGAGAAAACGUCUGGAUGAGCCCCAUCAUAGAAUACAAGAAAACAGGGCGCCUGCCCACUGAUCCCUUGGAAGCUAAGUAUGUGAAGGCCAAGGACAAAUGGUUUGAAUUGUGGGAUGGAACUCUCUACAAAAAGGCCUUUGACCGGUCACUCCUUAAGUGUAUUUCUCGAGAAGACGACCUAGAUGUCAUGAAGGAGCUGCAUGAAGGAGCUUGUGCUUCCCACAUUGGGGGAAGGGCAUUAGGGGAAAAGGCCUUAAGGACUGGUUAUUAUUGGCCUACUUUGAAGGAGGACGCUCUGCUGCAUGCAAAGAAGUGUGAUAGUUGCCAAAGGCAUGGCAACAUUUAUCAGAAGCCGUCCAACUAUCUGACUCCAGUUCUUUUUCCCCUUCCCUUUGGCAAAUGGGGAAUGGAUAUUCUUGGGCCAUUUCCUAUAGCAGCCGACCAGAAAAAAUUUGUGAUAGUAGUAGUAGGCUACUUCACAAAAUGGGUGGAGGCUGAAGCAAUGAGAGGAAUCACCACCAAUGAUGUGAAGGGGCCAAUGGACAAAUUGAAGCCUUCAACAAGAUCUUAUCAUCAGGAAUUAAAAAAGCUAGACAAUGCAAAAGGAUUGUGGGUAGAAGAAUUACAGUUGGUUCUCUGGUCGAUCAGAACAACGACCAAGAACUCAACUGGAGAAACUCCGUUUAUGCUCGUCUAUGGCUCAGAGGCCGUCCUCCCCAUUCAAAUUGAAGAACCAACCCUGCGAGUCAUGCUUUAUUCAGAAGACGCCAAUUGGGCUGCUCUUAGGAUGGCAUUAGAUCAGGUUCCUGAAGUAAGGGGCAAUGCUCUAUUAAGGAUGCAACUCUAUAAAUUAAGAAUAACUCGAGAAUUUAACAAGAGAGUGGCUAGGCAGACAUUGAAGGAAGGAGAUAUCGUCUUAAGAAAAAUGGAAGCAGUUGGUCGUGCCAAAGAAAUGGGUAAGCUCACUCCCAAUCGGUAA